AUGAUUUAUGCGACGCAAUCUCUACUUCUCGGUCGAAUCGCUGCUGAUUUCAUCAGGCUCUGGAACGGCAACAUGUUUCUGGAUGAGAAAACUGGUUACUUCAGACAUUUAGAUUCGCUUUUCACCAAAAAGCCACUAGCGACUCACGGAUUUCUGCAAACUUUAAUAAGAUCAGGAUUGUUUUCAAGUCAUUGGUCACAAAUCUGCGCCGACGAUUGGGGCGCCAACGUGACUCAUCUCGUCUGUACACAUUUGGGGUUUUCAACUGGAACUGCUUACCACAUGACCUGGACUGUUGAGACCAAUGACGCCGAUAUGAAAACUGUAACUCCUCUUAAAAACUGUCCCAUGGGACUUUCUAUGAAAGAAUGCUUUGCACAAUCUGCGGAAAUUUAUUGCAAUUCACAAAAACUUAUUUACAUUAUUUGCUACAAUUUUAAAUAUGAAGAGGACAUUGAGCCGGUAAAAAACAAUGUCUCCAAACUGGCAAGUGGAGAGGAGUUCUCACCGAAGUAUUAUAAAGUGGCAGAAACAAGUGUUUACAGUAAUUAUGCCCCUCUAGCAACUUAUUACAUUGAAAAUUCAAGCGAAAAUGAAUUUGUAGAAAUGCCAUUUAGUGAAAAAAUUUGGACUCCCCAACAAUCAACUGCUCUCUGUAGAGGUCUUGGAUUCGACGGUGGACAAACCGUUCCAAGCUCGCUCCAAUACUCUCUGUUCAGCUACGACGAAGUGAAUCACGACAGGACAGCCUACAGAAAGAUAUCUUGCCAAUCAUAUGAUGUUAAUUUGAAAAAAUGUGAAAAUUUCACUUUUAAAAAUGAUUUCGUGGCGGUUGAUUGUUAUACAAAGAUUUUGUAUCGCAUCACCGAGUUAAUAAAUGAUUUUGAUAUGGAAUUUAUAUUACAGUCUCACAAAGCUUUCUUGUUAACGGUGUUUUUUGAAAUCGAUACGUUGGAUUACAUGGAGUUAGAAAUUGAUUUCAGCAGAGGAGUAGCGGCAUCGAAUAUCAUGAAACCAAACUCCAGUUUUUUCAGCAUUCGAUUCAGUGAGUUUUCUACCACAUUUUGCAAUAACACCUUCUCAGUGACACCGUAUGCUGAAUGCGUGAGAAGCAAUAAAAAUUUUUUUCAAAAUGAGACAUUGUUCAAUAAGAAGGAUAAAAUAAAAUUGAAACUGUCCAAAUGUGAUAAAUUUAAAAUUGAUUUUAUAGUUAAUAUAUGUGAUGAAAAUGCACAAAUGAAAUAUUUUCCAGAGUCAAUAUAUUACGGAAAAAUCAAGGAGUCUAAUUUUUUUAAACAAUCGAUUCACAUAAAAAUCAACUCACCGUACCUUCGCCUCAGUUCUAUCAAAAGGUUUCUCAAAUCAAGCACCGGUAUAUCUUUACUCACCGUUAUUUCCUCAUUUAUAUUCAUAAUAUCAUUUAUUUGUUUUUCGUUGAGGAAAAAAAUAUGUAAGUGUUUGGGAAAGCACAACCUCUCAUCUAAGGAAUCAAUUAACGAUGUUUAUUUAGAAGUUCCUGGUAACACUAUGACAAUAGCUGAUUAUAAACGGGCUACAUAUAUAUCAGACUUAAUGUAUUUUGGAGAAAAUAGUUCGCUCCAAACAAACUCCUCUUUUCUGGCGUUUGAUUAUCAUUCUUCGGCAGCUAACAGGACGAUGUUUUCACUGCCUGACAUUACCAGAUUACCACUAUCAAGAUUUACCAACUUACUUACAACGGCCAACUCAUAUUUCAACAUUUUAAAAUCUUCAAGACCUACCGACGAUGCAAAAAUUUCUUCAAAGCCGGAUGGCAUUUUGAAACAUGGCAAAAAUAAAUCUGAAGCGUCACAUUUUGAAAGUACAAGUUACGAUGAUUUCAAAACAGUGCAGGAUAAUGUAUCUUUAGAACAAUCAAAAUUCAAAUUCAGUAAAUUUUUUACAUUUUUUCAAAAGAACAAAAAUAAAAAUUUGUCGGUUAGCCAAACAAAGAAAACGAACUCAAAAUUAUCUUUCCAUCAGAAAUACUAUUCAUUACAUAUUUCAAAAGAGCCUCGCAUGAAAGUCACCGGUUUUGAAAUAUCUAAAAAAGAGACGCCAGCCAAAAGCAAACCUUUUGAAAAAUUUUCAAAAAAACCUAUGAACAAUGAAGCUCCCACCAGUUCAAUAUAUAAAUCUGGUGAAAACCCUAGCUCUUAA